AAGACUUCAAACAAACUGAGACGAUUUACCAGAGGUGUCCAACAGCACAUCUACUCUGAAGAAGGCAAACAAAAUUGUAAGGAAGGCUGAAGAAGAAACUAUGAAGAUCGUUUUACUUCUGCUCACAGUGAUUGCCAAGAGCAGUCAGUUAGACUUAGCUGACUGCGGUAAUGGGAUAAGACGACCUGAGCUCACCGACAUCUCUGUGGUAUGCGGCACCUCCACCAUUAGUCUGGCCAUCAUAAUGUGCCCGGUCCUCUACACUGGAUACAAUGAGAGCCGCCUGAUCCUGAACGGCAUAUGGGACCCUGAAUGCAGAGCGACCCUCGAUGAGUCUGUAGAUCCACCUGUUGCUCGCUUUGUCUUCCCGUUGAACAUGACCAAUGCCUGCGGGAGCAUCUUCCGGACCACCAGUGCUCCUGGAACAGGUAUCUUCUCUGACUUUUCCAAUAUCCAGACUGUCAACGUCAGUGGAAUCGUUCAAUCCAAUGAUCCUACAAUAGGCACUGUCACCUACAACGCUGAGCUGAAGUACUACUACUCCUGCGCCUAUCCCUUAGAGUAUCUAAUCAACAACACUCAGAUUGAUGUGUCAUCCUCCUCCAUAGCAAUCAAAGACAAAAAUGGUAGUUUCAUCAGCACCCUGACGAUGGAGCUCUUCAGCGAUGUAAAUUACCAAACAAAAUUAGUCAUUCCUGAGGAGGGGAUUGAAUUAAGGACCCAAGUCUAUGUAGAGGUUAAGGCCACCAACUUGACAGGCCAGUACUAUGUCUUACUUGACCGAUGCUAUGCCUCCAUCUCACCACUGCCUGACAACUCCACCUUCUUCAACCUCCUCGUCCCCUGCUCCAAGGACGACUUCACAACCAUCAUCAUGAAUGGGGAGAGUCAAAGUGCCCGCUUCAAUUUUCCAGCCUUCCGCUUCACCGAUCAGCGGGAGCUGAUGGUAUCCACCUUCUACCUCCACUGCAUCACCAGGCUUUGCGAGAAGAGCACUUGCGACACCUUCAAGCAAUGUAACAUCAACAGGAGAAGAAGAGAGGUCGUCGGAACCCCUGCUGAUGAUAUAUCCCAAACAUACACCCUUACGUCUUCAGAGAUUGUCACCCAGGGUGAGAAAGCUGACCUCAAAGAGAGGCCCGUGGUCGUAAAGGAGAAAGAAGGUUCCACUGUGGGGCUGAGUGUGGCCGUUGCUGUCCUGGCUGUGGGCUGCAUCGUCGCCUUUGGUGCUGCAGUGGUGUUUUAUAAAAGGCUUAGGAACUAAGGAGGUGUCUGUGAGUUAUAAUGCACACGCAGCCUCAGGCCUGUGGCAAAGCACUCUUUGAGGUGUACCAAAUCAUGCUUCCUUUUUUUCUGGUGGAGGACUGACCACAGAUAGUUCAUACAAUUUUGAGAGGUUUCUGUGAAUCAGUUAAUGUAGUCAUAAAUCAUUCAAAAAUACAAUGAAUGAUGCAUCCUUUAUGUGAUUACGUAGAAUUUGAUAGGGUCUUGUAUUUUCACAAAGAAAAGCUUUAAGUGUUAAAGCAUGUCAGCACUUUAUAAGCUUUCAAAAACCAAUAGAAGAAAUCCAAAAUGGAUACAGGCAGAAGACAUAUACAUAUACAUAUAUAUAUAAUAAUUUUACAAGCUGAAAAUAUAUGCUAACAACAGUAAUUAAAAAGAUGCAUGUUUAAAACCAAAGAUAAUACAUUAAUGAAGUCCACCAAGUCUGAAAAGUACCUUAAGC